GGGGGCGGAGGCGCCUUCCGUGCGCCACUCGUCGCGCGUGCCUCUCCGGGCGGCGGUCGCCCCACCGACCGGCGACGUGCCCCCCCCCACCGCCGCCGAGGUUGGCGUCCCCUUCGUGCGUGCCCGCCUGUCCGACGUGUCUCUCCCCCGCGGUCGGAGCCGCCUCGUCGCGCGCGCCGUCAUCGAGUCGCCAGACAACGCGGCCGAGGCCAUAGCGCUCGAGCGGGCCAUCUCCUCGUACCUGCACGGCGAGCCGCUCUCGCUAGUCGCCGUCGUGACAUCCUCCUCCACCCCGUUCUACAAUGCGGCGGCGCGGGGCCUCAUCCUACGCGCCGACCUCCCCGGGCUCAUCGUCUCCACCGAGAUCGUGUACGAGCUCUGCCUGCUCGCCCUGGUCGUGCUGCUGCUCCUCACGCUGCUAGUGCUGCUGCGCAGGGUGCGCGCCCGCGGGAAGACGGCGGCCGCCGCUCCGGCCGGGGAUGGCGCCAUGGUCUGAGCGUUCUGUCCAUCGUCCUGAGCAUUGGCAUACCAUGUGUCCAUAUUCGGUCUUUGUCGUGUUAACUUUGCAUGUCGGCAUGUGGUUGUGGUCAUGUAUAAUGUAUUUGUGGUCCUGAAGUCG